CUAGUUAUGUCGAAUUGUCAAAAAUAAAAUUACAAGUUUAAAAAUUACGGGGCCCGGCUGAUUAUAAUUAAUUUGAUUUUAUUUAAAUAACUAACUUAAUUGUAAAACUAAAUAGAUAAAUAAUAUAAUUAUAAUUAAAAUGGUUCGUGUAAUAACACAAGAUACGUAUGAUGAAGUUGUUAAAGAUAAUAUUGAAGAAUUUGAUAUGACUACUGAAGAGGCGAUUAAAGAAGCAGUGGCACAGUUUGAGGCACAGGGUGUAGAUCUUUCGAAUAUUAUAAAAGACCUAGCUCUAAGUUCUGGAAACAAUCACCUCAUCAGUAUCACUGUGGAGAAGCUUAAAGAGAUUUGCCAAACUAAAGAUGAUGAUAAUCUUAUGUUAAAUGAAUUAGAUACAUUAAUGGCCGAAUGCAAAAAAGAUAUAGCACAUAGAAUAAGAGCUGGAAAGGAAGGUGCUUAUAAUAUUUUAAAUGAUUUGUUAGAAACAAAAUUCAGAGUUUACAUGCAGGAAAAAAAUAAACAAAAUGAAUUGUUUAUUAUAAAGGUUUUAAAGUGUUUGACAGUUUUAAUGGACAUGCAGCCUGAUUUACUUGAUGAUAAAGGCAUGGAAAUAAUGAAGAGUAUUUUAGAUACUGUGGAUAAUGAAAAUAUACUCAUAGCGACAUUGCAGUGGAUUAGUACAUGCUGUCUCCGCCAUGAAAUGAAUAGACAAGGAAUAUUUGCUAAAAACAUCACUGCUAAUUUAAAAGAAUUGCUGAAGAAAAGUGAAAACAAGAAGUUGCUAAGUGAAACAUUGCUAGUAAUAAGAAGAUUAACCCUCGACGAUGACAUACGCGUGGAGUUCGGAAAAGCGCACGAGCAUGCCAGAGACUUGGGCGUCAAUCUUGUAGAAACUUUAGAUGAUCUGUUAAAAGAGCACCAACGGCCGCCGCUGGUGGGCGAGCUGCUGCAGACGCAGACGGCGCUGCUGGUGCGGCACGAGCUGUGCGCGCGCGCGCGGCCCGCGCUGGCGGCGCUGCUCGCCGACAACUACGACGACGCCGCCGUGGCCGCGCCCGCCGCGCGCCUGAUAACAGCGUUAGCCGGUAACGACGAUGUGAAACGGCAGAUUGUUAAAUCGGGCGUCGUUCCUGUCAUCGUGUCGCUGCUGAAGAGACAUAACAAUAAUCCAACAACAACAGCGUCGAUACUGAAGUGUAUCUCGGCUCUGUGUCUUCGUGAAGCGUCACACGGGAAAAUGUUCAUUGAGAACGGGGCCGCAGAGGCGAUAGUGGAGAGUCUCAAUGUACACACAGACGUCGCUGCCGUACAGAAAAACGGAUGCUGGGCUGUCCGCAACAUGGUGGCUAGGUAUCGUGAACACAACGCGAAGUUUCAAGAACUGGGCAUCGAAGCCGCACUCAACAAAGCGUACGAAAAGUUCGGUCACGAUUUCGGCUUCGAUAUCAAGUCGGCGCUCCGUGACCUCGAGUGCGACGUUAAGUUUGACGAGCAGUGGAAGGGAAAGGGGGUUCAGAUAGACCAAUAGCUGUAGUAAUAUAUAUUCAGUGCUAUCAACCGUACAAUUUAUUAUAAUUUGAUUUGCGGGGUAGAAUUGCUUAACAAUUUUAUUGAUAUUUAUUGUGAUUUCACAAACGUUUCAAAAUGUGUAUGUUUAUUCGUUCAAGUAAGUUGUACACACACAAGAAAAUGUAAACAAACAAAAAAGUUUGGUUAUUGAAAAUUU